AUGAAGGAGAUUCUAUCCAAGAAAAGGAAGAUGAAAGAUUAUGAGACGGUGGCACUCACUAAAGAGUGCAGUGCAAUAUUGCAGAGAAAGUUGCCCCAAAAGUUGAGAGAUCCGGGGAGCUUUACUAUACAGUGUACAAUCGGGAAGUUUGAAUGUAAGCAUGCUUUGUGUGAUUUGGGGGCGAGUAUAAAUCUGAUGCCUUUGUCUGUAUUCAGAAGACUUAGUUUGGGGGAGGCUCAUCCUACAACAGUUACAUUACAGCUAGCAGAUCGUUCAGUUAAACACCCCAGAGGAAUCAUAGAGGAUGUCCUUGUUAAAGUGGACAAAUUCAUCUUUCCGGCAGAUUUCAUAGUAUUGCAUAUGGACGAAGAUGAAAAUGUCCCAAUCAUUAUGGGAAGGCCAUUUUUAGCUACUGGGCAGGCUUUAAUUGAUGUUCAAAAGGGGGAGCUGACACUUCGAUUCCAGGGUGAAGAAGUGGUAUUCAAUGUGUUUAAGGCCUUAAAGUUUGCAAAUGUAAAUGAUAGUUGUUUCAAAGUUGACAUGGUAGAGAAAGCAGUGGCAGAAAUUAAUCUUACAGAGGAUUCACUUCAGAAGAGUUUGACAAUUGAUGAUAUAGAUGCUGAGUUAGACAAUUUGGGCCAAGGACCUGAAAGACCAUCACCAUCAGUUCAGAAACCUCCAGAGUUGGAAUUGAAAUCAUUUCCAGCACAUCUUCAAUAUGCUUUUCUGGGUGAGAAGGAGACUUUACCAGUCAUUGUAUCUUCUUCUCUUUCUACUGAGGAGAUGGACAAACUUCUAAGGGUUUUGAGAACCCAUAAGUUGGCAAUUAGAUGGAUGUUGGUAGAUAUUCAGGAAAUAAGUCCAUCCACAGUUAUGCAUAAGAUCUUGAUGGAAGAUGAUAGUAAGCCCUCCAUUGAAGCACAACGUUGA